GGAAAACUAGCAGCAGCGUGCCAAACGCCCCAACCUCUUCUUUUUGACAAAUACUUUGGAUAGACUCCAGUGAUCUAUUUCUCAAUUAAAAGAAAACCAAAAGUGUCUACUGUGCUGAAUCGGAGACUCACUCUGAUUGUUCGGUCACCCAGUGGAGACGAUUUUCCGAGUUUUAAAACACAAAUCCACCUGUAGAUUUGAAUCGAACACAUCCCGCUCUCCAUGCUUACAUGGGUGUUAAUGCAGCCUCCGUACUUAAUCGUCUCCUUCAGAAGAAUACCCAAAGAACCAAAACACCACCCACUAACUCUAUUGCCAUUACCAAUUCCAUUAAAGCUCACCUCAAAUCUGGUAGCCUAAAAAAAGCCGUCUCCGUCCUCUUUGCUUCCCCUGUACCCGUCCCUUUUUAUAUUUACGCCCGUCUGUUCAAAAUAUGUUCAUCCACACCUGCAAUUGUUGAAGCCCGAAAGGUUGAAUCCCAUCUUGUAACUUUCCAUCCCCAGCCACCAAUCUUUCUUCUCAACCGAGCUAUUGAAGCUUAUGGGAAAUGUGGUUGUUUGGAGGAUGCAAGGGAAUUGUUCGAAGAAAUGCCUCAAAGAGAUGGUGGCUCAUGGAAUGCGAUUAUCACCGCGUUUUCACAAGGUGACUUUGCUGAGAAAGCAGUAGGAAUGUUCUCCCGUAUGAAUAAGUUGGGAGUUGUAGCUAACGAGAUCACCUUUGCUAGUGUUCUUGGGUCCUGUUCUGUGAUUUUAUCUUUGUUUCUUUCCAGGCAAGUGCAUGGGCUUAUUGUAAAAUAUGGCCUUUGCUGGAAUGUGAUUUUGGGCAGUUCAUUGGUUGAUGUUUAUGGGAAAUGCCGGAUUAUUGGUGAUGCGCGUAGAAUGUUUGAUGAGAUCCCCAACCCGAAUUCUGUUUCUUGGAAUGUGAUUGUUAGGAGAUAUCUCGAGAUGGGUGAUGAAAGGGAAGCAAUAGCUAUGUUUUUCAAAAUGGUCGAGGCAAAUGUUAGGCAGUUGAAUUUUACAUUCUCUAAUGCUCUUAUUGCUUGUUCAAGUAUAUCUGCACUCAAUGAGGGGUAUCAAAUCCAUGAUGUUGUAAUUAAGGUUGGUUUUGAAGAGGAUACUGUAGUUACAAACUCGCUUAUUAAUAUGUACGCAAAAUGUGGAGGUCUGGAGGAUGCUCGUAGGCUUUUUGAUCAACCUGGUUUGAAAAAUAUGAUUUCUUGGACUUCAAUCAUGUCAGGCUAUGCAACAAGUGGGAGGACUGCAGAGGCAAGGGAGCUCUUUAAUAAGAUGCCUGAAAGGAGUGUAGUCUCCUGGAAUGCAAUGUUGGCAGGGUAUGUAAAGUUUCUUCUGUGGGAGGAAGCCUUGGAUUUUGUCUUCUGGAUGCGCAAAACCACCAAAGAUAUUGACCACGUGACACUUAGUUUGAUCCUUAAUGUGUGUGCUGGGAGUUCAGAUGUUGAAUUAGGGAAGCAGGUUCAUGGGUUUGUCUAUAGGCAUGGGUGGUUCUCUGAUCAAUUCGUUAGCAAUGGACUCCUUGACAUGUAUGGGAAGUGUCGGAGCUUUAGGUAUUCUAGAGCUUGGUUCUUUGAGAUGGGUCGUUUGCGUGAUAGAGUUUCUUGGAAUGCUUUAAUCAGUAGCUAUGCUCGUCAUCAUCAGAGUGAAGAAGCUAUGGAAAUUUUUCGGGAGAUGCUAUGGGAGACAACACCAAGUGAGUUCACAUUCGGAACCCUCUUAGCAGCUUGUGCAAAUAUCUUUACACUUAAACAAGGGAAGCAAAUCCAUGGGUACAUGAUCAGGAAUGGUUAUGAGAUAGAUCUUGUUAUUAGAGGAGCUUUGGUUGACAUGUACUCUAAAUGCCGAUGUCUUGAAUAUGCCCUCAAGGUUUUUAAAGAGGCAGUUUCACGGGAUGUGAUCUUGUGGAACUCCAUGCUUUUGGGGUGUGCUCACAAUGGAAGAGGUGCAGAUGUUCUUGAAUUGUUUGGGUUGAUGCAGAAGGAAGGAAUUAAAGCUGAUCAUGUCACUUUUCAAGGGAUUUUACUUGCUUGUAUUGGUGAAGGAUUUGUUGAUCAUGGUAGGCAGUAUUUCAAUUCAAUGAGUGAUAUGUUCUGUAUCAUACCUAGGUUAGAGCAUUAUGAAUGCAUGAUUGAGCUCUUUUCUAGGUAUGGUGUCAUUGAUGAGCUUGAGGAUUUUAUUAAGAGAAUGCCAUUUGAUCCUACUGUAGAAAUGUUGACUAGAAUCUUCGAUGCUUGUAGAGAACAUGAGCAUUCCAGGUUGGGAGAAUGGGCUGCACAACACCUUAAUGAAUUCAAACCCCUAACUCCAUUUCGGUUUGAGACCUUGUCUGAACCUGAUUUGGGCAAGUUGUGAUCAUUAAAUGCAGAAGCACAGGAAUCUUAUUAAUCAUUGAUUUCUCUCAUGAGACUCUUGUUUGAUUUGGAAUUUCUCUAUGCAAUAAUGCAGAAGCUACAGUUAAUCUUCGCUCAUGAAGAUCUUCAUGAAAAGAGAAUCUGAUUCUCACUUCACAAAGGGGACUACAAACUCAACCACAUAAUCUGAAAGAGGGGACAUUGAGAUGACAAGGCAUUUUAUACUUGUGGCUCGAAGCUGUAUUUGGUUAGAGAUCUGUCCUUGUCUCAUGCAAAAAUGAGUAGUGGUCAUUGAACGGGAUGCUGAGAACAAAGAGGAAAAGCUUUAACUAGCAAGCUUGCCACGCAAAAAGUGAUGCUUGGUUUUUGACAUAAUGAAUCUGCAACAAGCAAAUUGCUGCAUGCAUGUUCUAUUGAAGCUGAAUCUAGAGAUCCUCUGAAGAGGAUUUGGGUUUCUUGAAAGUUGAAGCAUUUUAUUUCCUUGUCAUCAGGGAGCUGAGCAUUCUUAAUUUGAAGGGUGACUGAAGUCAGCUGGAUAUACCUUCCACCUCUGCUGUAUAGGCCAAAACCCCUGUAAAAUUUCAUUUGCCUUUUGGAGUCAAAAGUUGUUACUGACUUUGAUAGUUUCACGAAGUAUUCUCAACAUCUCCUAUAUAAUUGUCAAUUCUCUAAUGCCUACAUACUUUUUUCUACAAUGUACCUAUUAUUUCUCAACAAAGAAGAGAAGUUUUAAGUUCU